AAGAGAGCACCGGGCACAUUUACACGAGGACGCUGGCUUGAGCACCAGCUGGAGGUGGUAGUGGUUGAGCGCAUUUAUCGCUUUUCGGCUAAAAUAAAAAAUCGGGACUUUAAUUCCGCCACCACCCUUUUCAUCUCCCCACUCCACGCUUAUAACUCCAUUCCCACACCGAUCCACCUACACACCUCCACUUCUCUCCGCAGACUCUCUCUACAACCCUCUCCAAACUCCGAACCCACAUCGCGGGAAUGGCCAAGACGCGCGCCGUUGCCGCCGUCCUGGCGGCCGUCCUCCUGGCGACGGUGUGCGGCGCGUCGGCGCAGAUGCCGGCGGCGGCUCCCGGGCCGGCGGCGGACGAGUGCCUCAGCAACCUGCUGAACCUGACGGACUGCCUGAGUUACGUGACGUCAGGGAGCAAGCUGACGGCGCCGGAGAAGCCGUGCUGCGGGGAGCUGGCGGGCCUGCUGGACAGCCACCCCAUCUGCCUGUGCGAGCUGCUUAGCAAGGCCAGCAGCUUCGGCAUCAGUAUCGACGUCAACCGGGCGAUCAAGCUCCCCUCCGUCUGCAAUGUGGCCACCCCGCCGCUCAGCACGUGCGCAGCUGUGGGAGUUCCGGUUGGGGUUCCGGCGGGAGCUCCUGUUGGGGUUCCGGGUACUGCGCCAGGUUCUCUUGCGCCUACUGCCGGCGCCUCUUCUCCAACACCCGGGAACACAGGCAACCGCGCUUCGCAGAAUGCGCUGCUUUUAGCUGCUGGCGUAGGUGCCGCGAUCCUCCAGGCAUUCCUCUGAUUCUAGUUGGAGGCUUUUCGUUACGAUUCUUGUCAUGAUUUCAUAUGAUUAAAUCGGAUACUUAGACAUCUAUCGACGUACUAUUCACGGGAACUUGCUAAUAAUAGAUUUCUGUAAUAUGAGUUUAUUCAAGGCUCGACUGUGAUGAUUGAGUUGCAUAUC